AAAUAGGGAUGCAAAAUAUGUAGGACAGAGCAGAGCAAGCAAGCCUCAGUGUCUGUAGCUUUGAGGAAAAAGAGAGAGAAAGAAAUAAGCAACCUAGUAAUCUUGAAGCUCCCAAAAAAAGGAAAAACAAAAACGUGGGUGAAAGAGCUUAGAAGCUCACAGAUUGAAUUUUGAAUAGAGAGAGAGAGAGAGAGAGAGAGAGAGAUGGAAAGAAAAGAAAAGGGUGUGGAAAGUGAAAGAAAAAAGCAAGAAGGAUCAUCAAUGGUGAAAAAGUUGAAACGCGGUGUAUUGGUAGGGAAAAGAGGAGGGCUUUGUAGCACGCCACCGCCUAUUUGGAGGCUUGAUGAGUUUUAUAACAGCAACAACAAAACCAGCUCUGAAUUUCUCAACCUUCACCCCACAACUUCACUCUCUGCUAGAAAGCUCUGUUCCAGCCUCUGGGAAAUUGAGUCUUAUCAGUUCCAGCAUAACCCACUUGCCCAAAUGAGCAAAGCAGGAGCUAGACUUCGACACAAGCACCGGAAGAGAAAUGGGUUUGAGCUUCCCAAGCAUCUGAUCGGGCUUGACACUUCUACUAACUCACUACAUCACCACCAGCCAGCAACUGCAAGCAGCUUGGGGAGGCUUGUAUCAGCAUCACAGAUACAACACCAUCAAUCAGUUGAGAGCAAUGGUUGUGCUCUACAACCCCUACCUCCUGCUAGUUGUAGUAGCUCACUGGAGGUGGCACCUUAUAAGGGAAGGAUAGGUGAGUCAAGUCAAAGCUUUAAAACAUCCACAAAAUUACUCAAAGUGCUCAAUCGUAUCUGGACUCUUGAAGAACAGCAUGCAUCCAAUAUAGCAUUGGUAAAAGCACUGAAAAUGGAACUAGAUCAUUCUCAGGCAAAAAUUGAAGUGUUGUUGCAUGAGAAGCAAUCAGAUAGGCAAGAAAUGGACGACUUGAUGAAGCAUGUUACAGAGAAUAAACUUGUUUGGAAAAAUAAGGACCAGGAUCGGAUCAAAGCUACAGUCCAAUUGCUCAGGGAUGAGCUAGAAGGUGAGAGGAAGUUGAGAAAGCAUUCAGAAAGCCUGCAUCGGAAGCUAGCUAGAGAGAUUUCUGAAGUGAAAUCUUCCUUCUCUAAUGCUUUGAGGGAGCUUGAAAGGGAGAGAAAAGCGCGUAUCCUAUUGGAAAACUUGUGUGAUGAGUUUGCAAAUGGAAUAAAAGAGUACGAACAAGAGGUGCGAUCCCUGAAGCAAAAUCCUGAGAAGGAUCACAGUGAUAUGACCAGCUCUGACAGACUAAUUCUCCAUCUUUCAGAAGCAUGGCUUGAUGAACGGAUGCAAAUGAAGAUAGCAGAAGCUCAGAAUGACCUUGCAGAGAGGAAUACAAUCGUAGAAAAGUUAGGUUUUGAUAUAGAAAACUUUCUUCAGGCAAAACGAUCUGUUGAAUUGAAGAAAAAUAGUAAGUUCUCCCCAAUGGAGCUCAAGGGAAAUUGCUCACGCCGGCAUUCAUUAGAGUCCUUUCCAUUGAAUGAGGCUGUAAGUGCACCACAACAUGUAGCUGAUGAAGAUUCUACUGACGGUGAUUCACACGCUUUAGAAGCAAGCAAGACUGCCAGUGGAAAACAAAUCAAGCUCAGCGCUAGGCAGCACAAAAAAAAUGUUGCAGAAGGCCAACAUGAAGGACUAGUGAAAUCUAAUUCCAUGAGGAAAAAGGUAUCACAGGAGAAAACCAAGGGUAAUAGCUUGUCUGGUUUGCAAGGGAAGUUUGAAGAACAUAUGGCCAGAGCCAUGUCCUAUACUGGAAACAGGAGCCAGUCUGCAGAUAAUAAACAUGAUGAAAUCACUAAAAUGGGAGAAGAGAAUCGAACUCUGGUUGACAAUCUUGAAGAAUCUGAGUACUGUGAUUUAAUCAAAGAAGGUCUACAAGAAAUACAAAGUAAACGGGUUGCGGUACAUGGAUUGAAAUCCAAUCCUCCCGAUAGUAACUGCAUGGUAGAAACUGGUAUCCAGCCUGUGUAUACAGGUAAUGCUAGUCCAGUGCAGCAAUGGAUGUCAAAAUUAACAACCCCAGAUUUUGGAAAAUCUGAAUCUACUUUGGAAUGGCCUCCGGGGCUUAACGAAAAUACACUGAUGGCAAAAUUACUUGAAGCCAGGUUAGAAGCAAAGCGCUCUCGCUCGAAGACUUCCAAAGGGCCUGUCUAGUUUGAUCAUGUUAAGCUCAAUCAUGGAACAUAGCUGUUCAUUGAAUUGAGGCCAGGAUCUUUGUAAACUGAGUUUCUAGUGCAAAUGUCUACAAGCAAAUGUCAAAUGCAGUGCACUUGUACAUGAGAAUUGUUUUCUUAUCUACCUUGUUAUACAUAUAUUUUUGUUAUCA